AAGCUAAAGUUAAACAUCUGGAAAAUUUUUAUGGGUUAAUGAGUAAUUACAAGAUCAAAUGUAUUGAUAAAUUAAUUCGUUCUCGUGAUAAUGUUGUUCACUUGAUGCCAAGGGGAAAAGAGAAGAAACCAAAAAAUCUUAAUGAAUUACUGAGAGCUAUAAUCUGUAUAUUAACCUGUUUAGAGGGCUUGCAUAAUAUAAAACCUAACCCAGUUAUGCAUAGAGAUAUACGAUGGCCGAAUGUUAUACAAUAUGAAGAUCAAUAUAUUUUGAUUGACUUUGAUUUUGCCAGCUUUUCUCCUUCAAAUGAGAAUUUACAGAACUUAAAUCCAGAUAAUCAUGCUCCUGAAAUGUUAAUAGGUGUACAUAAUGUAACAGUUGACAUCUGGGGUGUUGGAUACUUGAUUGUUUCAAGUGGUAUUAAUGAAUUGCCUGAAGAACUUUUAUCACUUUCACAAUCAAUGUGUCAAGAGAAUAUAAAUCUACGGCCAAAUGCAUUUGAUACACUUAAAGUUGUCAAAGGUUUUUUUGUGAAG